CCGAGUCCGGCCGAAGCUCUCGGCAUUAUGCAGGGAGCAGCAACUCCGGAGUUCACCGUCUUGCCUCGCGGGCAGCCAAGUCACACCCUUAAUAGGUUAAAUGUUCUUGUGGGGCAAGGAAUCCCUAGGCCAGGGGCUUCUAAGGUUUCUGGAAUGAUGGAAGUGAUCGCUCCUGAAGAUGGGUUUAUCUUAGAAACUUGUUUGCCUUUGACAAGGCAUAAUAGUUUGGGAAGGACAGAUGCAAUGAAGGAACAAAAGAAUAAACAUAAUGGAAGAUUGCAUGUGUUUCGUCCAGAAGAGGAAGUGGUUAUUGAACCAGUUCAAACAGUCCCACGUAUGGGAUGUGGAAAUGAACCUACGAGCAGACCUUACACUCCGUCAAAGCAGAUCUUGUUAUGUACAGCUAAAUCAUUAGAAAAACGGAAUCCUUUAGUGGCCAGAAUUGUGAAAAAGAAAAGUCCAAAGGUGAAAGUAAGACCACAUGACUGCCUUGAAGAAUCAGAUGAAAAAAUGAAAAAUUCCAAGAUUGAUGAAAAGACUGUCAACAAUGAAGUCUGUACUGAACCACAAAAGGACAGUGUGGACAAAAAAAAUGAUGAAAAGCCACCAGAUAGUUCAGAUGACGAAAACAACACUGGUCAAACAGGCAAUGAAACUCAAAAGAGAAUUGCACCACUACAAUUGAUGGGAGAGUUUCUGAAAGCAAUAAUGGAACGGAAAUUCAUUCUUGCAAAGAAGCUUUGUCAAAUGAUUCUGAUAUAUGAACCAAGCAAUCCUGAAGCUAAACAGUUUCUUCCACUUAUUGAGAAAAAACUGCUUCUGGAAAGUCAAAGUGCUGGCAAAGAAGAUGAGGAAACUGAGGAAGAGAGCAGUGAUGAGACUGAAGAAGAGACCAACAGUUCAGAAGGCAGUGAGACUGAAACUGAAACAAGUUCUGAAGAUUCUCAAGAUUCCUAGACAUUUGGAAGUGCCAUCAAUGAGUUUCUUUUUUCUUUAUUUCUGCAAAAUACAUUAAAAUCAAUAGUCUAUUAAUUCAGUU